AUGUCAGGCUCUUCGAUUUCUCUAGCAUCAGGGAGCACCAUCCGGUUCUCAUCUGUUUCUCGUCGAAGCUCGGAUUCUUCAUCGGACAUUGAACUACCUUUACUGCAGAAUGAGGCUCAGCAAGGCUCACUAUUCCCUUACAUCCAAAAUAUACCCAAAAACUCGAAUCCGAUUUCAGUCUUGAGAAAUUUCUGGGCACAAGUCAGGAUAUCAUCCUACUCAAGAGGGCAAGGUCGCCCUAGAGGUUUUAGACAUGUUGAAAUCAACGCCCUUCGAACGACGCCACUGGUUGAUGAACGGACCGGUAGACCAUUUGUGAAGAACUGGAUACGUUCUAAUAGAUAUACUCCAUUGACGUUUCUGCCGAGACAACUCUUCGCCCAAUUUUCCAAGCUUGCAAAUUUCUACUUUCUGUGUUUCGCACUCAUGCAGCUUAUUCCCGGACUCAGUACAAUUGGAAACAAGACGAAUAUCGUACCCUUGAUGAUCUUUGUUAGCAUCUCUAUGGCAAAGGAGGGGUUUGAUGAUUAUAGAAGACAUCGAUUGGACAGCCAGGAGAACCGCCAGGUGGUUCUGUCACUCGACAAGAGGACGCCCACAAUAGCUGAGUGCUUAAAUUGGCGGAAAACACAGUGGCGUUCACUGGCAGUUGGGGAUAUCAUCAGACUCCAGCGCGAUGAGGCAGUGCCGGCAGACAUUGUGCUAUUGAGUUCAACCAGUCGUGCUGGGAGCAAUAUCGCUCACGUCGAGACUAUAGCUUUGGAUGGGGAAACUAACCUCAAGAUAAAGAGGGUGGAUAAGGCCGUUGCUGAAGCGUGCGCUACACCUGCGGAUCUUGUCAACUGUUCAGUCAAGUUCAUCAUCGAAGAUCCGCAUCCGGAUCUCUCCAGCUUUAAAGGCAGGGUAACUGUCAAUGACCAAGAUUGGCCCUUGAACAACGACAAUAUUGUAUAUCGCGGCAGCGUUCUGCGAAACAUUUCCGAGGCAACCGCGAUGGUUGUAUAUUCCGGACAAGAAUGCAAGAUUCGGCUGAAUUCGAAUGGCGACGGACAGGCUCACAUAAAAGCUCCCCGUCUACAAUACAUGGUCAACAAGAUCGUUUUUGUUGUGGCAUCGUUUGUGCUGGGACUAUCAUUCUAUAAUACCUUUGCAUAUCAAAUCUGGAAAUCUGACAUCGAAAAUAAGCUAUUUUAUCUCUCUGGCGCAACUGUCUCAACUCAGGAGUCAAUUUUUGGUUUCCUUAUUAUGUUUGCUACAAUGGUCCCCCUUUCGUUAUACAUCAGCAUGGAAAUGAUCAAGCUUGCACAAAUCUUUUUCCUCAGCUCGGAUAUCGACAUGUACGAUGAAGCGUCAAACGUCCCUUGCGAAGCCAGAACGUCAACCAUCAAUGAGGAGCUAGGACAGAUUACGCAUAUAUUUUCCGAUAAAACCGGAACGCUGACCGACAACGAGAUGAGAUUCCGGAAGAUGUACGUUGCUGGAGGCAUUUGGGCACACGAAGAUGUGGGAGAUCCUAAUCAAGACCACAUUCGGGCGGCGGAACGGCCAAAUAUGUUCAAUCCCAGUUCAGAACAGCGAUCAGUGUCCGAGAGGACCAUAAAAGAAAUGAUAAGACACUUUUCUGAGAGGCCAGACUCUGCGUAUGGGCAAAAAGUAAUGAUGAUGCUGCUUUGUAUGGCACUUUGUCAUAGCUGUAUUCCAGAAAUAUCACGAGAUGGCAUUACUAUAGACUUUCAGUCAUCAUCCCCGGAUGAGCUUGCAUUGAUCAGAGCCGCCCAGACUAUGGGAGUUUUCAUGCGAAGCCGCGAUCACGACUCUAUUAUUCUAUCGCUCUCCACGUCAAAAGAUACAUCCAUCAGAACCGAGACUUACAAGGUUCUGAACGUUAUCGAGUUUUCGAAUGACAGGAGACGUAUGUCAGUUAUCGUGAGAUUCCCCGAUGGCAGGAUAUGUAUUAUUUGCAAAGGUGCCGAUUCUGUUAUCAUGGAGCGACUGAAAAUAUUGAAAACUACUAAGGAGACCGGUGUUCAAUCUCAAAGUCUAGGGGAGCAAGUCGACCAAGGUGGUAAUAUAGGGACAGUACCGCAUGGAGAUGGCCAAUUUGAUCUUGAGAAUUGCGUUUCCAGCGUCACCAGAUUUGCGAAUGAAAGCCUCCGCACUCUUCUAUAUGCGUAUCGCUUUCUCGACGACGCAGAAUAUGAAGAGUGGAGAUUGAUGUGGGAUGUAGCUACCGCAAGUCUUGACAAGAAUGAAGAGAUGACGGAUAAGGUGGCAGAGCUUAUUGAGGUCAACUUCGAGCUUGCUGGCGCGACUGCCGUUGAAGAUAAGCUGCAGCGCGGCGUGCCAGAUUCAAUCGACAAGCUCCUGCGUGCUAAUAUCAAAGUUUGGAUGCUAACUGGCGAUAAGCGAGAAACAGCGAUCAACAUCGGCCAUUCUUGUGGUCUUAUAAAAGAGAAUUCCACGAUACUGGAUCUCUCUGAUGACGAUCAGUCCGGCAAAAUAAUGGAAGCGAUUGAGUCCUACAUUUUGUCUCUCAAAUCAGCUGAACACGGCGUAGUUGUCAUUGAUGGUCAUACUUUGACAACCAUUUUCAACGAACCCAUUGGCUCUCUCAAAGCAAGAUUCUUUGACUUGGUGGUUUUAGCGGACUCCGUUAUCUGCUGUCGUACUCAGCCCAGCCAAAAAGCGCAGGUUGUGCGCGGGAUCAAAAUUCGAAUGCCCAACGCAGUUACCUUGGCUGUAGGUGACGGCGCAAAUGACAUAGCAAUGAUCCAAGAAGCCCAUGUAGGCAUUGGCAUCACGGGAAAAGAGGGCUUCCAAGCAGCCCGCAAUUCAGAUUACUCCAUUGCGCAAUUCAGAUUUCUGCCGAAGCUUCUCUUGGUUCACGGAAGGUGGAAUUAUGUCCGAACAUGUAAAUACAUUUUGGGCACGCUGUGGAAAGAGAUAGUUUUCUAUUUGAGUCAAUCUCUCUUCCAACGGUGGGUUGGCUAUAGUGGUACGAGUCUGUACGAGCCUCUGAGCGCGACUCAGUUCAACACCCUUUUCACAUCGCUAUCUGUCAUGUGCAUUGGGGUCUUCGACAAAGAUCUUGCAGCCUCUACGCUUCUAGCUGUGCCCGAGCUGUACAUAUCUAUGGGCCAGAGAGACGGUGGCUUCAACAUUUGGAUCUAUCUUGGAUGGACGGCUAUGGCUGUCUCCGAAUCGUGCAUUGUGUUUUUCUCCAUGCUCUUUCUCUUCGGAUGUGCAGAAACUACAAAAGAUAACACCCUAUUCUCAAUGGGUGAUCUCAACUUUGUCGCGGUUGUUAUUAUUGUCAGUCUGAAGCUUCUAGUACUCGAGAUGCACAACAAGUCGAUUGUUGUGGCCAUCACCAUGUUUUUGACUGUCGGGGCGCCUUUUCUCUGGAAUCUCGUAUUUGCUGCAGCCUAUCCCCUCACGACAGCUUACCGUGUACGAGGAGGCUUCUUUACGGGUUUCGGACAAAAUCCGACGUGGUGGCUGACUUUGAUUUUCAUUAUCAUUUGUGUAUACAUGUAUGAGUUGAGCAUCAGCGCAUUGAGAAAGGCGAUUUUCCCAACAGACACGGAUGUGUUUCAGGAGCUCGAGCAGGACAAGGCCUUUAUGGCUCGCUACAAUAGGACUACUGCGUUGGAGUCGGAAUGGAUCUCGAAUAGAUAUAGCGAUGAGCAGGUGGAUACUACCUACAAAGAGUAUCCAUAG